AUGAGAUUGAUUUUGUUGGCAAUUCUCUGCUUGACUCUAAGUGCAGAACCUAGCCCUGCAGUUAUACAUGAAAGUUGGGUUCACUAUGAAAUAGAAGUAAAGGGAAAAGUUUGGCCUUUUCUUGACCCAGACACAAACAGCACAGAACUUGCAUACACCGAAAACUUUAAAUUAUUGGAUACCUUUAUUAAUUAAGAUCCAAAAGUAGCUGAAUAUGAUUUGGGCUAAACAUUGUAUUCAGAUAUAAGUGCUGCCGAUUUUAAAACUAAAUACUUACUAAAGGAUACAAUUCCUGCCUAUGGAGUAGCAAGAGGUUUGAGCACUUUGGAAAUCCCUCCUGAAAAAACAUGGGAAACCUUGAUGGAGAAAAAUGCUCCUGAUGCCGGUGCUCACUCUUGGGCAUUUUCAGCAGUUGCUUCAGUUGAGGCAUAUUUCAAUAGGAACAUACCAAAUCCAGCUAAUUAUAUUCGAUUGGCAACACAACAAAUCAUUGAUUGUGUCACUGAUGGUAAAAGUCCCUUGGAUGCAUUAUAAUGGAUUAAAACUAAUGGUAUUGAUUUGAGAUCUACUUAUACUGUUAAAAAUUGUGUACCAAGCACACAAUAAUAUAAGAUCGAAGAUAUCAGAUUAGUAAAGGCAGACAAAGAACAAUUGAAGGCAGCUUUGCAAUUCACACCUGUGACUGUUUGCUUUGAUUUGACGAAAUUCUAAUAAUACACCAAUGGAGUCAUUAAUUAAGAUUGCAUCGAUGGAACAGUCAAUUAUUGUGGAUUGUUGUUGGGAUACGAAAACGAUGAAUGGAUUAUCUAAACAACAUUGGGUUAAAUCGUGAAGGAUAUGAAAAAAUACACAUAUUGGGGAGUCGAAGGAUUAGUCAGAUUUCACGCCGAUGUUGCACAUUGUGGAGUUUAAAAAUAUGUAGCCUUCCCCAUGAAAACAAAUGAAGAUAUUUAAUCACUCAAAGAUGACUUUUAGGAAUACAAACAACAAUUUUCUAAGGUAUAUGGAACACAAGAAGAGGAGGAUAAAAGAUUUUAAAUUUGGGCUUAUGCAUAAAUGGACAAUUCAGGUCUUCAUUAUUUUGGUAGUACUCAAUAUACUGAUUUGACUGAAGCUGAAUUCAAACAAAAAUAUCUCAUAACAGAUUUCACUCUUUAAUUGGAAAAGACCUUCAUUUCUGAUGCCAACCUAACAGCUGAUGAAGACAUUGAUUGGAGAGUUAAUAAUAACAUAGUAUCGGAGGUGUUUGAUUAAGGGGAUUGUAUAUCUUCAUGGGCUAUUUCAUCCAAAAAUUGUUUAGAAUCCUAUUUCAGAUAAUAGACAUCCAAGAAUGUCAAGUUAUCUUUGCAAUAAGUUAUUGAUUGCUCAGAUUCAUUGGACCCUUUGAAAGGAUGCUAGAAUGGAAUUCCAACAGACGCACUCAAAUAUAUAAAGAGUAAUGGUCUACAUUGGGAAAGCAAGUAUCCAUACACCGGAAAGGCUUAAGCAUGUGCUCAAGUUAAAGGAGACCAACUCAGACCAACAAAUUAUUAUAAACUUAAUUCCGUUGAUGCACUCUCUCAAGCUUUAAAGUAAAGACCAGCCGUUGUAUGCUUUAAUGCUUCCAAAUUGUAGAGUUACACUAAAGGCGUAAUCACAGCAUAAGAUUGUGGAGGUAAUACAAACAACUAUUGUGGUUUGCUUGUUGGCAAAACAUCAGAGUAUUGGAUUAUUUAAGGCUCAUUCGGAAAGACUUGGGGUUAAGAUGGCUAUGUUCACAUAGCUUAUGGAGACAAUUGUGGCAUCAUAUCAAGUGCAUCCACCAUCAUUUGAAAAUCAUUAUUAUCAAGAUUAAAUAUAGAUCAUUGUUAUUAUUAUAA